UGAUUAAUGCUUUUAAAACAUGUAAUUACUUAAAAAAUUUAAGAAAUGGAAAUGAAAUAACAAUAAUUCGAUAUGUAAAAAAAUCCAAGUACAUUCGUAGGUAUCAAAAUUCACAUUUAAAUAUUUCAUAUUUAUUCAAAUUAAAUCCAUUUCUAUGAUUUUUUUAAAUAUUAUUGUAAACAAGUAUUUCAAGGUAAGUUGAAAUAAAAAUGUUACAUAUAUUGUGAAGUCAAUAAUAAUCGUGAAUAGAAAUUAGACGUAACUUGUAAAAAAAAAGAAGAUGAAUAUUCAAAUGAUUCAUUGAAUAUUAAGAGAAACUAUUCGUAUGUAAAAAUUGCCAAAAAUAUGAAAGAUUUCGAGUUUAACAUUAUUUUCCGGGACAUUGUAAUAAUGCGAAAAGCAUGUAUGUGUGUGUGACCAUGGUCUAUAUAUAUUAGCGACGCCUACGUGAUUUUCAGUAAACUUGUAAUUGCACGUGUGUGCGAUCCAUUGACGUAUUCGUUACACGUACAAAUGUACCUGUUUGUAAAUAAUUUUUGUAAUGUUAAGGCAUAGUGCAUGAAACAGAUGAUUCCAGAAAUGUCUGUAAAAAUUACCAAACGCGAAAUGAACGAUGCUAUCGAAGACGACCCUUACGAUGUGGAAAAAUGUGGCAAGUGGAUUGAUGCGUGUAAUUUAAAUAAGGUGUGUCUACAAUUUCCCGAUAACCUUUUAACCGAUUCUGUAGAAGUAGCGUUACGCUUGGAGAAUCAUAUCGGUAAGAAGGUGUACAUUCUGGGCGAUACUACUUGUGGUAGUUGUUGCGUAGAUGAAAUAGCAGCUCAACAUAUUAACGCAGAUAGUAUAAUACAUUUUGGUCAUGCUUGUUUAAAUCCAACUGCUCGAUUACCUGUCUACCAUGUUUUACCAAAAAAUGAAGUAGACAUAAAAGAAGUUGUCGACAAAUUUAAAUCUAAUUUCGAAGAUAAUUCUAAAAGAAUUUUAUUUUUUUACGAUGUCGCUUACGCGCAUAAAAUUGAAAGUAUACACGAAAUAUUAAGUCCCAUCUACAAAAAUUUGAUCUUUUCCUCUCUGAAUUGCACCUCGAAUGUACAAUUCACAGAUACAAGAGAUAAUUCAUCUAUAGUAAUCUUAGGUAGAAGUUUCAAGUUAGAAAAAGAGUAUAAAGUAGAAGAUUAUGAAGCAUUUUUCCUUGGAAGCAAUGGAAAAACAUUCUCUAUAUUAGCAAUAACGAUAUCUGCAAAAAGGUGGUAUUAUUUUGAUAAUAAUAAUAUCAUUGAAUACGAAGCUUUAAAUACACCAUGGCUAAAAAGAAGAAGAUUCUUAAUAGAAAAAUUGAAAGAUGCUAAAGUUGUUGGUAUUGUUGUAGCUACAUUAGGCAUUAAAGAUUACCUUAAAAUAUUAACAUUGGUUAAAAGUAUUCUUAAACAAAAAAAUAAGAAAUCUUAUAUUUUAAGCGUUGGUAAAAUCAAUCCAACGAAACUUGCUAAUUUUCCAGAGAUCGAUGCUUUCGUUGUAAUAACGUGUCCUGAAAAUGAAAUAUUCGAUUCUAGAGAAUUCUUAAAACCGAUACUUAUGCCUUAUGAAGUAGAAUUAGCAUUUAAUAGUUCAAGAGAAUUGUACGGAGAGUAUUGUAUGGAUUUUAGACAAAUACUUCCUGGAGGAAUGAAUUAUGUUGAAUUUAAAGCAUCAACAAAUUCAGACGUUUCUUUAAUUACUGGCGAACUCAGGAAUUGCGAUGAUAAUGCUCCGUGUACAGAUACUAUGGAUGCAUUGGCAAUUAAAAAUUCAACAGGUGUUGUCGCGAUUGGAAAAGCUGGGGCAGAAUUUUUACAUAAUAGAUCGUGGAAAGGAGUUGAACAAAGAUUAGGUAAAGAUGCAGUGCAUUCAGCAGAAAUUGGCCGCCACGGUAUACCAAAUUGUUAUGAGAAUGAAUGUGUUUCAGUAGAAAAAAAUUAACGGACCUGUAA